AUGGCAAAGAACUGGGGUGAGCAAACACCCACCGUGUCCCAGAGUACGCGAAGGAGCUUCAAAGGCCCACGCAUCCUUGGACUCGCCCUCUUCUAUCUGGCCUGCUGGGGUUGCCUUCGCUAUUACAACAACGAGCGUGCAACGCCUCAAUGGUACCUCAACCCAAGCAACUUCGAGUCGAAGGCACGAUGUUUGCAAGUCGAUCCACUACAUCCGGGACGGACUACGCAAGAGUUGGAUAAUGUUGAAAGCUACCUGAAAUCUGAGACGUUCCGCAAUAUCGAAAUCAAGCGCUUAUCGGGCGCUGUGCAAAUACCAACCCAAAGUUUCGAUGAUAUGGGCGAUGUCGGCGCAGAUCCACGAUGGGACAUCUUCUACUCGUUCGCAGACUAUCUUAGGAAGACUUAUCCGCUGACGCACGCGACUCUUCAACUGGAGAAGAUCCAUGAGCAUGGUUUACUCUUCUCGUGGGCAGGCACGGACCCAAGUUUAAAACCGUCGCUAUUGAUGGCACAUCAGGAUGUUGUGCCCGUUCCAGAUAGCACAGUAGGACAGUGGCAAUUUCCUCCGUUUGCUGGCCACUAUGAUGGCAAGUUUAUCUGGGGAAGAGGGGCGAGUGAUUGCAAAAACCAGCUUAUUGCGAUUCUAUCGGCAGUCGAGGCGCUCAUCUCGGCAGACUUUGCGCCCCAGCGGACACUUAUCCUUUCAUUUGGGUUUGACGAAGAAAUUUCUGGCCAGCAGGGUGCUAAGCAUCUGUCCGCCUACCUCCUUUCGAAGCUUGGGCACAAUUCGAUUGCUGCCAUCAUUGAUGAGGGAGCUGUGAAUGUGAAGAGCUGGGCGGCGAAUUUUGCGAUACCCGGAGUCGCUGAAAAAGGAGCCGUCGAUGUCGAGAUCGUCGUCAGGAUGCCAGGAGGCCAUUCGAGUAUCCCACCUAAGCACAACGGGAUUGGAGUGGCUAGCGAACUCAUCACCUUAAUCGAAGCUAAGCCCUAUGAGCCGCAUCUCGCAGAUGAGAAUCCGUACCUAGACCUUCUGUACUGCGGCGCAGAGCAUGCACCUAAUUUUCCUCGCCACCUUGGGAAGCUGCUAGAGAAGCGAUCGUCGAGAAGUCAGACAUGUUCUAAGAAGCCUAAGAAGGAUGAGCUGGCUAUAGAAGCAGCAAAAGCCGGACCAGAAAUUGAGUACCUCUUCACGUCAUCAGUCGCAGUUGACAUCAUCCAUGGAGGCGUAAAGACCAACGCGCUACCCGAGCGCACGCAGAUAACCGUCAACCAUCGCAUCAACGUCGGAUCGAGCUCAUCAGCUAUAAAAACGCACAUCGCCUCCCUUGCCGCCCAAAUCGCGCACAAAUAUAACCUCACCCUCCACGCCUUCAACGGCACCGAGACACCCUCGAGCAUCACACUCACGUACAGGGACACGGUUCUGGAACCCGCACCAGUGACGCCCACGUCAAUCCACUCAUCGUCCAAUAACACUCGACUUACCCCGUUCUCCAUUCUCGCAGGUACCACGCGCGCCCUGUACGGCAAGGACUUGCUAGUAGCGCCGGGUAUAAUGACAGGAAACACCGACACGCGGUAUUACUGGAACUUGAGCGAGCAUAUCUUCAGAUACGGACCAGGCUGGGACAAGGAGCAAGUAGGCCUAGGGAACAUACAUACUGUGAAUGAGAAGGUGGGUGUGCAGGCGCAUAUUGAUACUGUGAGGUGGAUGUGGAGCUGGAUUAGGAACUUGGACGAAGCUGAUUUGUAA